AUGCCUCCCAGUUCUUUCAACCCGCUGCCUACAUGCCCCAUCCCCAUUCAGUGGGAUGUGCCAGGCCGUAUAGCAGAGCUUCAAGCCAUGAUCGACGACCCCGCCACCAGCGAACCACAGAAGAUAAACCUCCAAGCUGCAAUCGAUCUGUAUCAUCGAAAGGAGCUUCCAGGACCGGUAGUAAUUAUCCAGGACGGCAAAGUUAUUUCUCUUAAGGAUUUUAAUAUCAACCGGCCGUGGUGGUCUAAGGAUGGGUUAUCCAAGGAGACACCCCGAACGGACCGCCUUGAACAAUCAGUCUUACAACUUACCCGCAUCAAAGUCGGUAUUGCAACCGACGAAGCCAAGCCAACUAAGAGGCAGAUCAGCAAGCAUGGUGACCAUCGUGAAAUCUAUCCAAAAGACGAGCCUUUCUAUACUCACGGUAGACCCGCAUUCCCGCUCUAG